CAACGAAAAGAAAAAAAAAAGCAAGGGAAGAGAAGGUCGUGCUGCAAAAAAAAGUUAAAAAAAAAAAUUGCCGUAAACGCAUUCUGAAAGCAAAAAAAAGAACAUUUUUCAAAAUCUUCAUUUGUAACUGCUUUUUAAAGUGAGGUCAUUUCAUCUCUUUAAUCUUAUCAACAAAUUACUUUUCGAAAAAAUAUCAUCAAAAAAAGAUUAAAACGCAAUUUAACUGCACAAUUUUACACACUUGAAGAAAAAAAAGAUUACUGUUUUUUAUUCGAGAUGUCACAAGUGGACCAGAAACGAGCUUUCAACAAAUUAAAACACGACUUGGAAGCAUGGCGUGAAUUAAUUGUUCUCACCAAUUCCUUUUUAAAAUGGGAAAAGAAAUUUUAUCCUGGCGUCAUUUUUGGCAUCGUUUCGCUAGUUUACUUGAUUUUGUGGUAUCUUGACAUGUCCACACUGACGCUAGUGUCUCUAGCUGCUUUGUGUGGGGUCAUCUUCGAUUAUGGCUAUGGAAUUCUAUCGCAUUUUGUUUUCCAUGCUGAGAAUUGGACCGGGUCAAAGGAAAAUCAAUUCGAAGAGGUCUGCAAUGAGAUAUGCGCAACUAAAAUGAAACUAUGCUCAUGGUACACGUUUUUGUUCACUGCCAAGGAGAAAAAAUCAACUAUGUUCCUCAUUGUUGUGAGCACAGUGCUUCUUAGUUUGGCAUGGAUUGGAUCUAUCAUGGACAACCUUUUCCUGGCCUACAUGACCACUUUAUUCUUGGGCAUGUAUCCUGGUCUCCAUCGCCAUGGUUUUAUUGGAACCGUGAAGAAUCAGUUUGGUACUCUCAUCUCCUCGAAGAUCAAUCAACUUAAGGAGAAGACAACCAAGGCAGAAUAAACAAUAAGAAUCGAGAGCUCUCAAAGAGCACAAUCAUUAUAACUUUUUUAAUAACUGCUUUCAGCUUCAGCUUAAUGCACCCGUGUGUAACCAAAAAAUAUAAUAAAACUCAAGUAUUUUUUAUCCUUUUAGAAAUUAAGAA